UCAGUCUCAGGCUGUUUUCCUCCCAGCGAGGCCAGUGCGGCUGCGCAACGCGCCCUGAUUGGUCGAGGGCUGGAGGCCUUCGCGCGCAGGCGCCGGCCUCGGUUACUAAGGGCGGGAGCCCGGCGAGGGCGCCGGCGGCUUGUGGUGUCUCCGGCGCACGUCGUCGAAUCUUGGCCUCGCUCGCCAUGCCAAACCGCAGGGCCAGCCGUAAUGCCUACUAUUUCUUUGUGCAGGAGAAGAUCCCCGAGUUACGGAGGCGAGGCCUGCCUGUGGCUCGCGUAGCUGAUGCCAUCCCCUACUGCUCUGCUGACUGGGCGCUUUUGAGGGAGGAGGAAAAGGAGAAAUAUGCAGAAAUGGCUCGAGAGUGGAGAGCAGCCCAGGGAAGGGACGCUGGGCCUUCGGAGAAGCAGAAACCUGUUUCCGCUUCACUGAGGCGGCCGGGCAUGCUUGUACCAAGGCAGAGUGUUUCACCCCCUGAUAUUUCAAACUUGUCUCUAAAAAGUGAUCAAGCUCUCCUUGGAGGCAUUUUCUAUUUUUUGAACAUUUUUAGCCAUGGCGAGCUACCUCCGCACUGUGCACAGCGCUUCCUCCCUUGUGAAAUAGGCUGUGUGAAAUACUCUCUCCAGGAAGGUAUUAUGGCUGAUUUCCAUAGGUUUAUAAAUCCUGGUGAAAUUCCACGAGGAUUUCGGUUUCAUUGUCAAGCUGCAAGUGAUUCUAGUCACAAGAUUCCUAUUUCAAACUUUGAAUCUGGGCAUGACCAAGCAGCUGUGUUACAAAACCUUUAUAGGUUUAUUCACCCAAACCCAGGAAACUGGCCACCUAUCUACUGCAAGUCUGAUGACAGAGCCAGAGUCAACUGGUGUUUGAAGCAUAUGGCAAAGACAUCAAAAAUCAGGCAAGAUCUAGAACUGCUCACUGUAGAAGAUCUUGUUGUGGGGAUCUACCAACAAAAAUUUCUUAAGGAGCCCUCUAAAACCUGGGUUCGGAGCCUCCUAGAUGUGGCCAUGUGGGAUUAUUCUAGCAACACAAGGUGCAAGUGGCAUGAAGAAAAUGAUAUUCUCUUCUGUGCUUUAGCCGUUUGCAAGAAAAUUGCGUACUGCAUCAGUAAUUCUCUAGCCACUCUCUUUGGAAUCCAGCUUACGGAGACUCAUGUACCGCUUCAGGAUUAUCAGGCCAGCAACAGUGUGACACCCAAAAUGGUUGUAUUGGAUGCAGGGCGUUACCAGAAGCUAAAGGUUGGGAGUCCAGGAUUUUCUCAUUUCAGCCCUUCUAAUCAGGAACAAAGACCAAACACACCCACUGGUGGCUAUCCAUCUGGGGUGAGAAUUUCUGGCCAAAACAGCAGUGUUCGGGGAAGAGGGAUUACCCGCUUGCUAGAGAGCAUCUCCAAUUCCUCCAGCAAUAUCCACAGAUUCGCCAACUGUGAGACUGCACUCUCUCCUUACAUGUCCCAAAAAGAUGGAUACAAAUCUUUUUCUUCCUUAUCUUAAUGAUGGUACUUUUUCAAUUUCUGGAAAAAUAACAGGCCCAACUUCCCUUCUGACUACAGUCAUAUUAAACAGAUCACAUCAAUGAUAAGUGUCACCACUGUAAAAACUACUUAAUUUGUAAGGAAUUUCUGUUUCAUAGUAAAAAUAAUUGUGGCUGGAGAAGAUCUUGGCAUUUUUGCUUUUUUUUAAAUUUCUUUUCCGAGGGGUGGUUCUACUUCCUGACUGUAUGAUGUGAACACCAUUAAAGUUUUGAGUCCUUUAAGAACAAAACUGGCA